AUGAUUCGCUUUUUUUCUUUGUUUUCCAGAAAUCCCAACUGGUGGCGUAGACGUACCACACUGGAAAGAUGUCUAACCUUGAUUUCAAUAUUCGCCUGCCUUGCCGUUGUUGGUCUCAUAGCUGGCUUGUGUUUUGUUUUGCUCACAAAUCACAUGGCUGAAGAACUCAAACCCGAAGAUCCCAUGAAUCUGGCAUUACAUGGCGCAACCUCAAAGCCCACACAAAAUCAAGUCCCCAUGACACCGAACAAGUCUGAUGGUGGCCAUAGUAAAAGAGAUACCGAUGUCUGUCUGACAUCCGAAUGCAUACACACAGCAUCGGCUGUGUUGAGUAAAAUGAAAACCGAAAUCGAACCAUGUGACGAUUUCUAUCGUUUCUCCUGCGGCACCUACAUCGAGGAGACUAACAUCCCCGAUGACAAAGUGGCCGUUAACACAUUCUCCAUUAUUUCGGAUAAAUUACAGGAACAACUUAAAGAUAUCGUUGCCGAAGAACGUCCCGAAACUGAUCCAAAACAUUUCCGUUUACCCAAUGCCUUAUACAGGGCCUGUAUGAAUAAAACUCUAAUUGAAUCGAUGGGUGCUACGCCAAUUAAAGAAAUCGCCUCCCGAUUGGGUGGUUGGCCUGUUAUUGUUGGUGAUGCCUGGGAUCAAGACGAUACCUGGACUUGGCAAGAAACUGUCAAGAAAUUCCGUCGUCUUGGAUUCAGCAUGGAUUAUAUUGUGGAUUUCUCCAUCGGUGUCGAUUUGAAGAACAGUACCAAGCGUAUUAUUGAUUUGGAUCAAUCGUCCAUCGGCUUAAGUCGUGAAUAUCUAAUUAAGGGCUUCAAUGAGACCCUGGUCAAGGCCUACUAUGAAUAUAUGGUUGAUAUGGCAGUACUUUUCGGUGCCGACAAAGAUAGAGCCACCAAGGAAUUAUCCGAAUCUUUACAAUUCGAAAUGGAUUUGGCCAAUAUCUCCUGGUCCAAUGAGAAGAGACGUAACUCCAAUGAUUUGUAUAACUUGAGAACAAUCAAAGAAAUCCAAGAGGCCUAUCCCUAUGUACAAUGGUUGGAUUACAUUAAUGCCUUGCUGCCGGAAGGUUUGAAGGUCGAUGAAAAUGAAGUUAUCAAUCUAUCGGUUCCCAGUUUUAUGGAGGAAUUGGGUAAACUGUUGAAACGUACCCCCAAACGUACCAUUGCCAAUUAUAUGAUGUGGCGUAUUCAUGCCUUUUCGGUGGCUUUCCUAUCGGAGGAAUUCCGUAAACGUCAAUUGCAAUAUGCCACCGCAUUGACGGGUCGCCAGGAACAGGAGGCCCGUUGGAAGGAAUGUGUUGAUAUUUCAUCAGGAAGCUUAGCCAUCUCGGUGGGUUCGUUGUACGUACGCAAAUACUUCAAGGAAGACUCCAAAUCGAAUGCUCUGGAAAUGGUUAACAACAUACGCGAUGUAUUCGAUAAUAUUUUGGAUGAAGUUUCCUGGAUGGACGAUAAGACCAAAGCUGAGGCCAAGAGGAAAUUGAAACAUAUGACCACCCAUAUUGGUUAUCCCGAUGAAAUGUUGGACGACAACAAGUUGGCUGAAUACUAUGAUAAACUGGAUAUCGAUGCGGAUAAAUAUUUUGAAUCGUUCUUGAAAAUGAAUGUUUUCGGUACCGAUUAUUCGUUCAAUAAAUUGAGAUUGCCGGUGAACAAGACCGAUUGGAUUCGUCAUGCCCGUCCGGCUGUGGUGAAUGCUUUCUAUUCGUCGAUUGAGAAUAGUAUACAAUUCCCCGCUGGCAUCUUGCAGGGUCACUUCUUCAAUGCCCAUCGUCCCAAGUACAUGAAUUAUGGUGCCAUUGGUUACGUUAUUGGUCACGAAAUUACCCAUGGCUUCGAUGAUCAAGGUCGUACCUUUGAUUUGGAGGGCAAUUUGGUCGAUUGGUGGGAACCCGAUACCCAAAAAGCCUAUUUGGAAAAGGCCAAGUGUAUUAUUGAACAAUAUGGCAACUUUACCGAUAGACAAACUGGUUUGAAUCUUAAUGGUAUUAAUACUCAGGGUGAAAAUAUUGCCGAUAAUGGCGGCAUCAAAGAAUCAUACAUUGCCUAUAAGAGAUGGGUGGAAAAGAAUGGUGAAGAACCAAAAUUGCCCGGUUUAAAUUAUACACCGGAACAAAUGUUCUGGAUUUCAGCAGCUCAAACAUGGUGUGCCGUGUACAGAAAAGAAACUCUCAAAAUGCGCAUUACCACCGGUGUCCAUUCGCCCAAUGAAUUCCGUGUCUUGGGUUCAAUGAGUAACAUGAAAGACUUCUCCAAAGAUUUUCAAUGUCCCGAAGGAUCACCGAUGAAUCCCGUUAAUAAAUGUGAAGUUUGGUAA